AUGUCUUCCCUCGAGCAGAGCAAGCUUGCCUUUAUCGGCGGCGGCAACAUGGCCAUCGCCAUGAUCGGGGGUCUCAUCACCCAGGGGAUUCCCAAACAGGGUAUCUGGGUCGCUGAACCCUGCGAGGUCAACCGCAACAGGAUGGCCACCCUGGGCGUGCAUACCACCACCUCCAACUUCGAGGCCGGCGGCCACGCCGACUUAGUUAUCAUUGCCGUCAAACCCCAGGUUGCAAAGACCGUCUGCGAGGAGCUUGUCGCUGCCUGGUCACAUCGUGAUACCCUUCCGCUUGUGAUAAGUAUCGCCGCUGGGAUUACAUUGGAGAGCCUGAAGGGGUGGCUACAGACAGAUGACCAUCGUGCGGCGCAUUGCGUUCGUGUUAUGCCGAAUACCCCUGCACUGCUUAGGCAGGGUGCCUCUGGCGUAUUCGCCAGUACCGACGUUACAGAGCAAGAGAAAGACCUGGUGAAUACAUUACUAGGGAGUGUCAACCAAGUAACGGAGUGGGUGAAUAAGGAGGAGUUGCUUGAUGUGGUGACCGGGCUGUCCGGAUCCGGUCCUGCUUACUUCUUUGCCAUGGCCGAACAUCUGGUCGCCAGUGCCACCGCCCUGGGUCUGCAGCAGGAGCAAGCAACCCGGCUGGCUACUCAGACGUGUUUAGGUGCUGGUACGAUGCUCGUCGCGUCGUCCAAUAGCCCGGCCCAGCUGCGCAAGAAUGUCACUAGCCCAAAUGGAACCACACAUGCCGCUCUGCAGACCUUUGAGGCACUGGGGUUCAAGGAUAUAGUGGACAAUGCAGUGACGGCCGCGACGAACCGUGCAGCAGAAAUAGGCAAUACUCUUGGGAAACGAUAG